AUGGAAUUGGUUCAGCUGAAAGUCACUGACAUCCUGGAACGUGUCUGCACUGACAGAUGGAUAAAAGCAUCAGAGUGGGUGGGCGAGAGCAGAACAUCCACUCCUAAAAGGAGGAGAGCUGAACACUCACUCAUGGCCUAUGAGACAGAGGAUCAUGAGACUCAAUACUGCUUUCCUGGCAUCAACUCUUCAUGUAUGAAGGAAAAACGCUCCAGGAUUGAAUACAAUAUACUUUAUCUGUGUGUCUCAGUGCUGUCAGCAUGGACUGUUUUUAUGAAUCUGCUGGUGAUCAUCUCCAUCUCUCACUUCAAGAAGCUUCACACUCCAACCAACCUGCUCAUUUUCUCUCUGGCUGUGGUUGACCUGCUUGUUGGACUUAUUGUGAUACCCAUAGAAGGAAUAAAACAAACUGAGACAUGUUGGUAUUUUGGAGACACCUACUGUGGACUGUUUGCAAGUGCUCUUAGGCUGCUCCUUUCUACAUCUCUUAGUACUUUAGUUUUAAUUGCUGUUGAUCGUUAUGUCGCUGUGUGUCACCCUUUACAGUACAGACAGAAAAUAACCACAACUAAAACUUUAAUAAGCAUCUGUCUCUGCUGGUUUUUCUGUUCAGUUUACAAUAUUGGGUAUGUAAUUAGUAGUGAAUAUUUUAAUAUCUCUCAUAAAACGUUGUGUUAUGGCCAGUGUAUUGUUUUAAUUACUCCUGCUUGGACAUUCACAGAUUUGACCUUCUUCUUCAUAUUUCCUUGUGUUGUGAUCAUCACUGUAUAUCUUAGAAUAUUUUAUGUUGUACAAUGGCAAGUAAAAGCUAUAAAUUCACUGCAGGGAGAUAAGUCUAUAAUGGAAGGAUCAAUGAAGAGGAAAUCUGAAAGCAAAGCUGCAUUAACAUUAGGAAUCAUUGUGACAGUUUAUCUGAUUUGCUGGAUUCCUUUCUGUAUCUGUUCUCUUAAAGAAUCCACAGCAAUCUCUUCUACUACAAUGACAUUUUUAAUUUGGUCUCUGUAUGUCAGCUGUGGACUGAAUCCUCUUAUUUAUGCUUUAUUUUACCGCUGGUUUAAAAUAUCAGUUAAACACAUUCUGACACUUAGAAUAUUUCAGCCAGCAUCAUCUCGGAUGGAUUGUUUUAUAGAUUGUCAUUAAUGUUUCUGUUACAUCAUUGAUGUUCAAA